UUCAUGAUUUAACUCAGAAAUUUUUGAAUCAUGAAGGCAUACGUAUCAUUAAUUUUCAUAGUUUUGAGUACCAAUGAUAUUUUCUUUUCAUUGGUGUAUUCUUUGGAAUGCCAGUAUUGUAGCAGCGGAGAAUAUUCCUCUGAUUGUCGCGAAGGAACAGUAAAGGAUCUAAAGACCUGCACCCUCAAGGGGGAGGAUCACUGCUAUGUAGAAUAUAUAUUAAAUAAAGGACAAAAGCCUUUCUAUCGUAGAGGGUGUGCCCCUGGCGACUGGUGUAAACAACAAAGGGUUAAUCAUGGUGCCGCACUGAAAUUCUGCAAUACUUGUCAAGGAUCGAACUGCAACAAUGAAACUAUUGGAUCCAAAGACUCUUCCACGGUCCAAUGUAUAUCAUGCAAGAGUGGAGAUCUCAAAGGUGAGUGCAAGGAGGGAACCACGAAGACAUACGAAGAAUGUGAAGAAGGUUCCCUGUGUCUCGAAUACUAUGUUGCAACCACCAUAAGGAACGACUAUACAAGGGGAUGUGGUGAAAAAAGUUCAUGUACCGAUCUGAAGAACCAAUAUAGCGACUCUUUAGAAGAAUGCAGAACCUGUAAAUAUGAAUUGUGUAACAAUAAUAAAAUGACAAUUGCAUAUGUGUAAACUAAUGGAAUGUAAUCAUGUCAUCAAUCUUAAAUCUAUUUGCAUUUACGAAGUUUAAUGAACUUUCUUUCAAUCCUUCCUAUUUUUCAUUUAUGUAGAGCUUUUUGGUUUAUGUGCGUAUGAGGAUAUUUUCUGUGUCAAACCUUUUUCAUCAGGAUAUGAGCGAUUAAAUAUGAAUUUCGAAUUUGGGAAAUGUAUUUUAGAA